AUGUCGACAUCACAAGAGUUCGACUUGAGCUCUAUCUCUGUCAUGGCACUCUUCAGACGUAUUCAAGCAGGAAGGGAUCUUAAGAACAACACGCGCACAGACUACAAUCUCAAAAGAGAAGAAUAUGACAGGAUACAACGUGCGCUUCUGCAAGACGAAGAGCUCCGGUGUUUCGUGGAGACAAAGAUACAACGUAGACUGGCGGUUCGUAGGCCUACCAAUGUACAUCGUCUCUUCCUCGACAGUGUAGAGUAUGCGAUCGAGUCCCAGCUAGAAUCAAUACGCAACGGACCAGGCAGGAAAGCUCGGUUUGUACAGAACAUUCGCCUAACCAGACCUUCAACGAUAUGCCUCCCAGCCAAGGCAUCCUCUGAUGUGUCUAGACACGACGCAGAUGCGGGGCUCAAACAUGUAGAUGCAAGAUACCCAGGCGUUAUCAUCGAGAUCUCGGAGCUAGCCAACAAAUACUUGUUAGCCUCAGACGCUAAUGUGCAAGCUGUUGUCUGUCUGGACAUAGCUCAUGGCAAGAAGGGGUCACGCAGAGCGACAUUUUCGAUACGGCGAUCACAAUUGUUGAGCGAUGACAACGGAAUCGAGCUGCGACGCACAGUGCUUGACGCUACGGAUGCUUUCCGGGAUGAUGAAGGAAAACCGACAAACAACAGAGACCUGCAGCUACGUCUCAGCGACUUCGCUUUCCAAAGACUGGUACAAGAGGAUAUGGGAGAUGAAGAUGCGCAAAUCUCCGUCUCUUGCGUGCAGCUCUGUCAGUUUUUAGACGAGGCGGAGGAGUGCGAGUGA